UUGAAUGAAACAUGGCGAGACGCGAGUUAUUUCCAGCCGUGACGUCAUCAUAACCUGAUCUGAGCAGUUCACUGUGAAAUAAUACCCGUAUGAAGUCGGUCGCAGAUCACUUUCUAUGUUUAACGGGGAGGAACUUGACAUGAGGAAACUCCUACUCAAGAGCAAACGAACGGACAAAUAUACAAUGCAGCCAAAGGGACGACUCAAAUGAGGCCUGACUGUCAUGGAAAAAGCCGUGAGGUUCGAAAAUAACGAGGACUCGGAAGAUGACGAAACUGCUGCCAGACAAACUCGCUCAAAGCAUCAAAGCAGCCACAAUAGUGCACGAACAGAGAGUAACUCUAAACAUGAAAGAGACAACUCCGGGGAUAGCAUAGAAUCUUUCGGAAAAUGGAAAACCGUCUCGAAACAAAUCAGAAAUGCUGUUUUGGUAAAGAACUCCGUCAAACCCGGCUCUCGCUCUCGAAAGCGUUCGGCGGCUGUCAAGUCCCCUGCCAUGGUGGACCCGUUCCUUCAGAAGUUUAGCACAAGAGAUAAUCGAAAGAUAACUCCACCGAACAGAAAAAAAACGAGGGUUGCCAAGAAAAGUUCCUCUUCGCCUAGCGUUUUGUCAAAUGCAGCCUCUACUAAAGAACCUCGAAGACCGCAGCUUUCUAUAGAAAUCGAAAAAGAACUUGACAGUGAGUUAGCUAGUGGCUCUGUUUACGAAUAUGACCAGGCAGUUCAUUGGAAGGAUAAAAAUUUUAUUUUUGAUCCGGACGGGAUGCACAUUUGUGUCUGGUUUUAUGUCCUUGUGUUUGCAAUUCGGUACAAUUUAUGGGCAUUGAUUACCAGGAUCGCUUUUCCUGAAGCUCAGAGCGGUUUUUUGAAGAUAGUUUGGUUUCUCUUUGACUAUUUCUGCGAUGCAAUUUACAUUUUGGACGUCGUUAUUGCUGCGAGAACAGGUUUCCUACAGGAGGGCAUUCUAGUCAUUGAUGCAAAACGAGUGUAUAUGCGGUACAUUCGCUCUGUGGAGUUCAUUGCUGACGUGGUGUCGUUGAUUCCAACUGAUAUCUUAUAUGCAGCAUUAGGCCCUCUUCCGCUUCUAAGAGUCAACCGGAUUAUUAAAGGUUAUAAGAGUUUUCGUGUCAAAGCUGUUAUGGAGUCACAAGCGAAUUAUCCCACUUUCUUACGCGUUUUUUUUCUCAUGCAUCUGAUGUUCCUUCUUAUUCACUGGAACGCGGCGUUUUAUUUCAUGAUUUCCAGAGCGGAGGGAUUUGGAACAAAUGAGUGGGUUUAUCAAGGCAAUGGUUCCUUGUAUCAGCAAUAUCUACAGUCAUUCUACUGGUCCACAUUAACUCUAACUGCAAUCGGAGAUUUACCUCAGCCGACAACAAAUCUCGAAUAUGUUUACACAAUUGCUUGUUACUUGACCGGUGUUUUCAUGUUUGCGACCAUUGUAGGUAAUGCAGGAAGCAUAAUUGUGAACAGAAAUGCGGUGAGAAUGGAUUUUGAAAAACAAAGAGAAAAUACCAAACAGUACAUGAAGAAACAUAAUGUGCCCAAGGACUUACAGAGAAGAGUUGUAAUGUGGUAUGACUACUCGUGGGCCAGAGGUCGCAUGAGCACCGGUGGAGGAGACCUCAAUUCUCUGACGCUACUUCCAAGUAAACUGAAGACUGACAUUGCUCUUCACGUUAAUCUUGAAACACUUCGAAAGGUAACGUUCUUGCAAAAGUGCCAGCCAGAAUUUCUCCAUCUCCUUGUACUUCAAAUGAAGCUACGAAUAUUCACCCCAGGAGACCUCGUUUGCAGGAAAGGCGAGGUUGCACGUGAGAUGUAUGUCAUAAUCGAUGGAAAGAUCGAGGUUAUAGGGGAUCAAGGCCAAGUCCUUAAAGUGUUAUCUGGAGGGGACUUCUUUGGUGAGAUUGGAAUUCUCAGCUUGAGCGAAGGCCAAAAUAGACGAACAGCCGAUGUCAGGACAGUAGGAUAUGUAGAGUGUUUUGUUCUUGCAAAGGAAGAUGUGCUGUCUGCUAUACGGGAUUACCCUGAGGCACAGGCCGUGCUUGCUGACUAUGGAAAAAAACGUUUGGAACGUCAAAACAGCUCACAUGAUCCACGCCUCGUGGACAUGGACGACAGUAAAGGCAGAGAUCUAGACACUAAUGAUUACACAGACCACAAAAAAGCUGAAGAAUUUCCAAGCAAACUAACAACAAAAUCCGUUCCCAACGGACGUUGUAGACGAACUAGUGCAAGUGUUCCGCUCGGGCGAGCCUCUCAGCCAUCAGCUCGAGCGGUCCUGGAGCCGAUUCCUUUGGCCAAGUUAAGUAGAUCAAGGCGACUUUCAAGCGAGGUUGAAUUACAGUCAGCGGAAUCAUGUAGCAGAAACGUUACAAAAGCCCCGUGCAGCAGCGACGAGCUUGUAAAAAAGAUGUUUAAUGAUUCGUACAUGGAGGCUUUCAACUUUCUCAAGAAAACUCUUGACGAGAACCUAGCAAAAGAAAUGACGGAUGUUUGCAACUCACUAAAAAAUUGCGAGGAAUCUAAUAGGCUAAAAGACGAGAACCUCUUUCACCUCAGCACCCGUCUAUCAAAUAUGGAGGAAGAACUUGAAAAGUGGAAAAUUCGAGUGAGAGAGCUUGAAUCGGAAAACUUUAUCAAAGAUCAGACUAUCAGACGGCUUCGGGAAGAGUCUGAGUUUCCAGGACACACCAUAAAUGCACCGAGAAGAGACGAACAUGUUAUGAAUUUGAUGGGGAGCACACGUCAUCAAGAUCAAGAACUUUGAGCAGUACAGUGAGUUCGUCGUCACUAAUGGACACGGAAAGGUCUACAUCUACCUACUGCUGACAGAAACAGUGUGGCUAUUAAGAGAAAAUCAGAAUUUACUGGGCUGGGAUGAGAUCUGCGAUGGUAGGCAACAUAUUAUAAAUUUACAGAUCGGGCUCAGAAUUAUAUGCAGCUGUAAUUUUGACAUGGCGGCAAGGCGGUCAGUGUUAAUCCACUACACAGCUGGCUACGAACAUUGAGAUUCUCACCAUAACCUGCCUUGCAAUUACAAGGAGAUAUAUGGCUGCAAGCUAUUGCAAGAGCAGAACAUGACGAUGAUCUGACGUAACCACCAACAUCAGCCAUUAACUGCCAUUUUAUAAUCGCACGAAAAGAGUUUGUAGGAAUUGUUGGGGGGUCUUUACCACUCGCUUGGCUUUUAACGAGAAGUACUGAGACUCUGGACUCUUCUCUCUUUUUA